AUGCCACCCAUACCGCCGCACAAACACCCUCUCCCCCGCAUCAUAACCUACUACCAAACCCACCACGCGCCCUCAGGCGAACACAUCUCCGUGCUCCCGCUCCUCACGCAGCCCUCCAUAUCCCUGACGCACCUCAUCCUCGCAGCAUGCCACAUCAACGCGUCCCCCUCCCAGCUCACCCUCAACGACCACCCCCCGUCGCACCCACGCUUCCAAACCCUCUGGGCCGAGCUCCGCGUCCUCCAAGCCUCCGGCGUCAAAGUACUCCUCAUGCUCGGCGGCGCCGCCCCAGGCACCUACCAGCGCCUAGACUCAGAAUCAGACCAGUUCGAGUCCUACUACGCGCCGCUACGACAACUCAUCCGCGACAAAAACCUAGACGGCGUCGACCUGGACGUCGAGGAGCCCAUGAGCCUCGCCGGCAUCAUCAGACUGAUCGACCGGCUCAGGGCCGACUUUGGGCCCGGCUUCGUCAUCACCCUCGCCCCCGUCGCCAUGGCGCUGCUAGACCCGGAGAAGAACCUGAGCGGCUUCGACUACGAGGCGCUCGAGGUCAUGAGGGGCAAGGAGAUUGCCUGGUACAAUACGCAGUUCUACUGCGGGUGGGGCAACCUGACAAACACCCUCAUGUACGACCUGAUGCUCCAAAAGGGCUGGAGCCCCGAAAAGCUGGUCGUGGGCGUCGUCACGAACCCGGCCAACGGCUCUGGCUUUGUGCCGUGGGAGAUGCUGUCCGCCAUUUUGGCCAUUUUGCACAGGCGCCACCGGAACUUUGGGGGCGUCAUGGGCUGGGAGUACUUCAACAGCCUCCCUGGUGACGCGAGCCGGCCUUGGGAAUGGGCAGGCAACAUGUCGUCGUUGCUGAGAGCACACUCUCUGGGCCCUGUUCCAACACCAGCCGGCACAGAUAUCCAGCCCAGUGUCGACGGCGAGGUGGACCCGGAUCCUGUUAACAAUCGUCCUUUGGAGGUGCCCAAGAGUUUUGACUACUACUCCGAUGGCACAGACCACGAAUAG